GGGAGGCGGAGGUCCACGAACUGUCAGACAGAGAGCCCUCGGGACGUGGGAGGAUUUCUGGUAGGUCCUGUUUUAGGACAAGAUGAGAUGAGAUACUGUUGACGCAUCCGUCUGCUUGGAUUCACAGAGAAUUGGAGCUUUUCCACUGUGAAGCUGUUUUUCUGGCCUCGUAAACUGAACUUAUGAAACCAUGGCAGAAGGAAAGACAGAGUUAUCUGGGCCCAAAAAGUGUGGCCCAUAUAUUUCGUCUGUCACGAGUCGAAGUGUGAACUUGAUGAUUCGAGGAGUAGUACUAUUUUUGAUUGGAGUGUUUCUUGCUUUAGUAUUAAAUUUGCUUCAGAUUCAGAGAAACGUGACCCUCUUUCCACCUGACGUGAUUGCAAGCAUCUUUUCUUCAGCGUGGUGGGUGCCACCAUGUUGUGGCACAGCUUCAGCUGUGAUUGGAUUAUUAUACCCCUGCAUUGACAGGCAUCUGGGAGAGCCACAUAAAUUUAAGAGAGAGUGGUCCAGUGUCAUGCGCUGUGUAGCUGUCUUUGUUGGUAUAAAUCAUGCCAGUGCUAAAGUGGAUUUUGACAACAAUAUACAGUUAUCUCUCACACUGGCUGCCCUAUCCAUUGGACUGUGGUGGACAUUCGAUAGAUCUAGGAGUGGUUUUGGUCUUGGAGUAGGAAUUGCUUUCUUGGCGACCCUGGUCACUCAACUGCUAGUCUAUAAUGGUGUUUAUCAAUAUACCUCUCCAGACUUCCUCUAUGUGCGUUCUUGGCUACCCUGUAUUUUUUUCGCCGGAGGCAUAACGAUGGGAAACAUUGGUCGACAACUGGCACUGUAUGAAUGCAAAGUCAUCGCAGAAAAAUCUCAUCAGGAAUGAAGAAGGCAAAAAUGUAUCUUUUGUACAGAAAACAAGAUGAACAGACCAUGUAAAUGAUACACAGACCUUCAAACUUUGAACUGUAAAGUUGCCAUGAUGCAGUUUUCCCCUCUAUUGGUAUCUACAUCUAUACCAGUAAUAGCCCAGUAAUAUAUGUAUUACUGCAAUCUGUGAUUGCUUCAUUUGUAAAUCAGUUAUAAACCUUUAUGUUUUUGAAUUAAAUAACUGUAAAAUAAAUAUAUAUGUACGACAUUAAAAAAGAUGCUGAUUAAUAGAUAAAAGUUUAAAAUUUUUUAAAAUACCAUUCAUCAUAUCUCACUGUUGAUGUGCCAAAAUAUUCUGUUAUUGCCAUGGAGACUAUAAGAAUGCUCUCAAUAAUUUAUAAGUGUGGGAAUGAGGAAAGACAAGAAAAACCAAGUGUAAAGUUGGUCUAUUUUCUUCACUUAUUGUUAUACUUUUUCAUUUUUCUAAUCAUGGCAGAAUGUUAUUCAUCCCUAAUGUGCGUUUAGUUUUUGUUUUAAUGUUAGGGAGUGCUUUGGAUGUUUUAUCAGUUGAUGAAAAUGGACUGCCAUACACUGUUUGCGAGCAUGUAUUACUGAAGGGAAUCCAAAGAAUACUGUUUUGUUUAGGCAGAUUUUAUUGGAAAUAGUUGAUGACCAGGGGAGGUUACCAAUAUUGUGUGGAAAAAGCAUAUAGAGAUUAUUCCAAAGUAAUGAAUAAUAAAAUUUAUCAAGAAUACAUACAUGUUUUGGAAAUACAAAAGGACUUCUGCAGUGCCACAAAGUAUGAAGUGUUAUUAGCUAUAAUUUGGGAUUCAGUAUCCUACUGCUUUUAUACCUGAAGUAUAUAAGAAAUCCCAAACAGAUCAACAUAAAGCUACUAAUUCUGGUGGGUCUGCUAUUGUGUGGAAGCAAUCCCUGUAGUUGGGUUGGGGUCUUAUGAUUUAUUGUCAGUGGAACGUCUAGAUUUGCAAAUGCCUAGAUUACAUAUAUUCUGGGGGACAGGGAAUGGAUGGGUCCACAAUAGGUAUUUCUAUGCCUGUUAGUGAAUAGUUCUUUAAGAAUGCAUUGGCUGGUAUUCUGUGCUUGUGAAACAUCUUGAUCAGUUAUAUGCAUAUAUUGCCAAUGACUAGAGACAUAUAAGUAUUUUUUAAACUUAUUUUUAGCCCACUUUCUUCCCUCCAAUUUUGACUUGUAAAGUUGAUGACAAGUAUAUGAUAUGUGACACUAAAUUUUUCUGAAUACUUUGAUGUGCGUGUAUGUGUGUGUGUUGGCGUGAAGGAGAGGGGAAUGUAUGUGUGUGUGAGUGUGUGUGUACUCAUGCAUUUAUAGAUGUCAAGUAGAUAUUUCUGAUUUUGAGUUUUAAAAACAUUGCUCUAAGAUUAAAACCUUGUGUGCCACACUUGGUUUUACUUUUAUAUAUUAGGACUGAAAUUGUGGAAAUCCUGAAAGAAUUUCAUAUUGAAUAAAUAUGUUCACAGUCUUAACUAUAGUGGUGUAAGUAAACUACUAUAAUUUAUUAUUUCCCAGAUAAUAUUACUCAUUUAGAACAUAUAAGGUAUAUUUUUAGAAUCAACUUUGUAAACACUGUAAAAUCUUUAAUAAGUUAAAAGGACUAUGAUGUAGAUAUUGUGAAAAUUGCUGUUAAAGUCAAGAUUUAUUAAAUAUAGAAUUACCAUCUUGUUUAAGAGUAAUUUUCCUCUUUGUCUUGUCUUACAAUUUAGUAUUGUGGAUUAAUCAAAUUAAUGUGUGGUUGAACUUCCUAAGAAAUGAUGAAAAGAAGCAAAGUAUGGUAUUGGAGAUAAAAGGAUCAUCAGUGGCAUUCUUAAGUUUUAUAUAGAAAUAAGAAAAUGCUAGAGAAACAUGCCAAAAAAAUGUUUUGAAUUCUGAUAAAUAUAUCAAAAAGAUUUUUUCUUACAGUGAAACAGAGUGAUGGAAAAUAUUAACACUGUAUGUAUAGCAGUGUUUCUGUGCUUUCAUUAAAGUUAAUGGGGACACUGACAACUGGCAAUUCUACAAAAACAAAGUCAUUGUACUUAGAUGAGUCAGUUCUUUAUUUCUUUUGUAUUGUGCAGUUUUGCCUCCAUUGGAAUGCUGAAGGUCAUGGAAGCAUCUCAGCGGUAUCUCUGUAUUUCACACGUCUUGUAUUUUCUAGGUCGAGCGCAGACUUGGUUAAUAUCAUAACCUGCUUCUAGACUGCUUGGGGUUCACUUUUCUUCUAAAUAAAAUGUCUUCUUUGUAAGACAUUUAUUCCUGUGA